AUGUUCAACCUUUUACGUACGCCAAUAAGCAGAAACGUGCUCGGCAGUUCGGUCUGUCGAUCAAACCCACAAAUCGCAUCUUUUGGAUAUCGUCAUUUAUCCACAACUCCACGUUUAUCGUACGAACACAUUCUUGUUUCUCAACCAAAGCCAAACGUCACACAAAUCACACUUAAUAGACCAAAAGCUUUGAACGCUCUAAAUUCUGCUUUAUUCCACGAAUUGAACGAUGCUGCAGAAAAGGCAGAUGAAGAUGAAGCAAUUGGCGCAAUCGUUUUAACAGGAAGUGAAAAAGCAUUCGCUGCAGGAGCAGAUAUUAAAGAAAUGCGUGAUAAGACAUUUCAAUCAGCAUACAAAAAUAACUUUUUAGGACAUUGGACAAAACUUACAACAAUCAGAAAGCCGAUCAUUGCUGCCGUCAGCGGUCAUGCUUUGGGAGGUGGAGCAGAAUUGGCAAUGAUGUGCGAUAUCAUCUUGGCUGCUCCAUCGGCAAAUUUCGGUCAACCGGAAAUCAAUUUGGGCGUAAUCCCGGGAGCCGGAGGUACACAAAGAUUAACGAAAGCUUUGGGUAAAUCAUUGGCAAUGGAAUUGGUUUUGACCGGACGUGGUUUGACCGCUGCUGAAGCUGCUUCACGCGGUUUGGUGAGCAGAGUAGUGGAAGGUGAUGUAGUAGCAGAAGCAGUAAAGGUUGCUGAAAAGAUUGCAUCAAAAGGUUCGAUCGCCGUUCAAGCUGGAAAAGAGGCAGUCAAUGCAUCUUUCGAACUCAAUCUCGCAGAAGGAUUGCGAUUUGAACGUCGUAUGUUCCAAGCCUUGUUCGCUACCAAGGAUCAAAAGGAAGGUAUGGCAGCAUUUGCCGAAAAGAGAAAGGCCCAAUUCACAAACGAAUAG